AUGUCAAAAUUACGGGACUUGGAUCGGGAUCUGGCGCCCGAGGUCGCCGGAGUUGGAAGGGGCGCGGCGCUGGAGAGGCGGGACGGCGGGGGUCCGACGAGGGAGGACGGGGCGGAGCUCAUCGGCGGCGGGGUCGGGCGGCCACCGAAGGGAGUGCUCGUACGUCCCUCGUACAACGGCCGGACACGAAAAGGGCAACCCCCGCACGUCCCUGUGUUCGCGCGCCCGCGCACGUCCCCGUGUCUGCGCACUGGCUCCACGUCCCGCGCCGUCCGGCUUGCCGCCGCCGUCCCCUACGCGUCGGCUCCGCGGUUCGGCCCCGCUCUCAGCAGCGCCCCGGGCCUCCGCGCCCCCGCCACCUGCACCACGUCCGGCCCAGCUCCGCUCCAUCGCCCGGCCGCCUCGGCGGCUCCCGCGCCCUGCCCCGGUGAGCCGGACUCCGACUCGCGGCCCUGCUGCUCAUCCGCCCCGUCCAGCGAGCCCCGCCGGCUCGCGGCCCACGCCGGCUGCGCCACUCUUGGCCUCCCGGGCCGCCUGCCGGGUCGCCACGCGCGGUGCCAGCUCCGCCCAGCCUCCGCUCCGACCGCGCCUGGUCUUGCUCGUCGCCGGCCGGCUCCAUGCCUCCCGCGCGCUUGCCCCCGCACCCGCGCCGACCGCGUCGGCCCCGUGCCCGGCCAAGGGCCCGCUCCCGCCGGCGCCAGCGCUCCACCGCGCACGGCUCCGAGCCGGCUCCCACCCCACGCGCGCGCGGCGCCUCCUCCUCCUGCCGGCGUCCGCGCUCCCCUGCGCCUGACGGCUCCGUGCCGACUCUUCCCCGCCGUGGGCCGACUGCCCCGCGUUCUCCCACACCAUCGCUGCCGCGCCCGGCCUCCUCCCCGGCCGCAGCCGGCCGCCGUGGCCCUGGGCCGGCCUCCGCUCCUCGCCACCUCGGGUCGCGGCCGGGUGCCCCGCACCCGCCGCCGGUCCCCGCGCCCGUCGCCUGUACCACCCGCGCCCGCCUUCGGCCGCGCCUCCCCAGCGCCCGGCCUCCCCAGGCCGGCUCCGGGUCGCCGCCUCGCCCACAGCCGGCCCGCGCCUCCGCGUCGCUCGUCGCCUCGUGGCUGCCGGCUUCCCAGCUACGCCGACUCCGCCUUCGCUCCGUGCGCCCGGCCAGGGCCGGCUCCUGCGCCGCCCGCCGGAUCCCGCCCCCAACGUCGCCCUCGUCUGGCCGCCUCCUCGCUCGGCCGGCCGGCUCGCGCGCGCCCGUUGGCCGGGUUGCCGCUCCCAGCCGGCGUCCGCCUUCGCAGCCGGCCGUCCCUGCGGGCCGGCUCCGCUUACUCGCCGCCCCGCGCCUCCGGCUCCUCCCCACAGACGCCCCCGCGGCCGUCUCGUCACUCCACCCCCGCGCUGCUCGUACGUCCCUCGUACAAUGGCCGGACACGAAAAGGGCAACCCCCGCACGUCCCUGUGUUCGCGCGCCCGCGCACGUCCCCUUGUCUGCGCACUGGCUCCACGUCCCGCGCCGUCCGGCUUGCCGCCGCCGUCCCCUACGCGCCGGCUCCGCGGUUCGGCCCCGCUCUCAGCAGCGCCCCGGGCCUCCGCGCCCCCGCCACCUGCACCACGUCCGGCCCGGCUCCGCUCCAUCGCCCGGCCGCCUCGGCGGCUCCCGCGCCCUGCCCCGGCGAGCCGGCCUCCGACUCGCGGCCCUGCUGCUCAUCCGCCUCGUCCAGCGAGCCCCGCCUGCUCGCGGCCCGCGCCAGCUGCGCCACUCUUGGCCUCCCGGGCCGCCUGCCGGGUCGCCACGCGCGGUGCCAGCUCCGCCCAGCCUCCGCUCCGACUGCGCCUGGUCUUGCUCGUCGACGACGGCUCCAUGCCUCCCGCGUGCUUGCCCCAGCACUCGCGCCGACCGCGUCGGCCCUGUGCCCGGCCAAGGGCCCGCUCCCGCCGGCGCCAGCGCUCCACCGCGCACGGCUCCGAGCCGGCUCCCACACCACGCGCGCGCGGCGCCUCCUCCUCUUGCCGGCGUCCGCGCUCCCCUGCACCUGA